AUGACACAAAAACUCAUCGCUCUCGUCAAAUCCGAAUGCGCCCCAGAAACCCCGGAUAAUCCACAAUUCCAAGAGGCCUCAGUUUCAGGCCACAUUAUGUUGCUCAUAUUAAAAGAGCGUAUGGAGAAUAUCAUUGGAAUGUUGCGCCGAAAAUUGGAAUUCUUCUCGGCGAAAAAAGAAUUUGUGCUAACCAGUGCGCAGAUUUUGAAAGCGCUCGGAAAUCAUCAAGGAGGAGAAAUCACACGUGGAAUGGCCUAUUUUUUGGCGACCGGAAAUUUGGUGACAAGAGUUGGAUUGGCAUUGCAACAAGAAUCGGGUUUCUCGGUUAUUGCUGAACGAAUUAAUCAAUUGAGAUUUGUGUCGCAUUUUAGAGCUAUUCAUAGGUAGGAGGGUUUUUGGGCUGAAAAUUGCAGAAUUUGAAGAAUUUUGAGCCAGAAAUCGUGAAAUUUGGAGCAUUUUGAGCUAAUAUAUGAAAAAAAAAAGAUGAAAAAAAAGAUUUGGAGGGGUUUUUGCCCAAAAAAUCAUGAAUUUCGAAGAAUUUGAACCCAAAACUGUUGAAUUUGGAGCAUUUUGAGCUAUUUUCCAUGAAAAUGAAAUUUGAGAACUGUUAAUUUUUGAAGAAUACGGUAUCUUCAGCCAGAAAUCGAGAAAUUUGGAGCAUUUUCAGCAUGAAAUCUUGAAAAUCUGAAAUUUUCAGCUAAAAAAUUUGAUUUGUCAUCAAAUUCAAGCCUAGAAUAAUAAAAAUCUGAUAAAAAUUUGAAUUUUUUGUUCUCCAGAAAAUUUACGUUUCAAAAUUUUGUUAUAAAAAUGUUUGAGAAAUUUUUUUAAUGUUUUUGACAUUUGUAAUAUUAUCCAAAAAUUCUAGGACUGAAAUGAUUUUGCCUAAUUUUUCAAGCUAGAAAAUCUGAAAAUUCGAAAAAUCUCUAAAUUUUGUGAUUUACAGCUCAAGCUGAACUAAAAAUAAAAAUUCGUAAAAUUCAAUCAGGAACAAGGCUAGCUUAAAAUUAAUUUUCGAAAAAUUAAUUUUUGAGCUUAGCCUAAAUCCUAGAAGAAAAGAUAACAUAACUUUUGAGCUCAGCAUAAUUUUCAGCUAAAAAAUCUAAUUUUUCAUCAAAUUUCAGCCUAGAAUAAUGAAAAUCUGAUAAAAAUUGAAUUUCUGAUUUUCCAGAAAAUAUACUGUUUCAAAAUUUUGUUAUAAAAAAUGUUUGAGAAAUUUUUUCAAUGGGUUGAUAUUUUCAAUUUUAUCCAAAAAUUCUAGGACUGACUUAGCCUAAUUUUUCAAGCUAGAAAAUCUGAAAAUACGAAAAACCUCUAAAUUUUGUGAUUUACAGCUCAAGCUGAACUAAAAACAAAAACUCGUGAAAUUUAACCAGGAACAAGGCUAGCUUGAAAUUAAUUUUUGAAAAAUUAAUUUUUGAGCUUAGCCUAAAUCUUGAGAAAAAUUAACAUAACUUUUGAGCUCAGCAUAACUUUUCAGCUAAAAAAUCUAAUUUUUCAUCAAAUUUAAGCCUUGAAUAAUGAAAAUCUGAUGGAAAAUUUGAAUUUUCAUUUUUCCCGAAAAUUUACUAUUUCAAAAUUUUGUUAUAGGAAAUGUUUGAGAAAUUUUUUCAAUGGUUUUGACAUUUGUAAUAUUAUCCAAAAAUUCUAGGACUGAAAUGAUUUCGCCUAAUUUUUCAAGCUAAAAAAUCUGAAAAUACGAAAAACCUCUAAAUUUUUUCAAGCCUAGAAUACAAAAAUUCGAAUUUUUCAUUUUCCAGGCUUGUGAGCUCAAGAUAGCCUAACUAACCCCAUUUUCUUUGCAGAGGUGCCUUCUUCAUGGAAAUGCGAACAACCGACGUGCGCAAGCUCCGGCCCGAAGCCUGGGGUUUCAUCUGCCCCGUUCACACACCCGACGGCGCUCCCUGCGGUCUUCUCAACCAUCUCACAGCCUCCUGCAAAAUCGUGACGCAUUUGAACGACAACUCCAACAUUCCAGCAAUGCUCGCCAAAUUAGGAAUGUACACGCAUAAAACUGUACAAAUGUCACCGGAAAAUGAGGAAUUGUAUCCCGUGCUAAUGGAUGGAAGAUUUAUUGGAUAUGUGCCAAUUGGAAAAGCGGCUGCGAUUGAACGAUUUGUGAGAUGUGCCAAAGUUGCGAAUGACGCAAGAAUACCGUAUACUUCAGAAGUUGCAUUGGUCAAAAGAUCGACAGAUUUGAAAAAUGUGCAAACACAAUAUCCGGGAAUUUAUAUCUUAUCAGAUCCGGGAAGAUUAAUUAGACCUGUUCGAAAUCUUGCACUAAAUGCUGUUGAAAAUAUUGGAACCUUUGAGCAAGUUUAUCUCAGUGUAGUUUUGGAUCCGGAAGAAGCGGAGCCCGGUGUAACUAUGCAUCAGGAACUCCAUCCCAGCUGCCUCUUCUCGUUUGCCGGAAAUCUCAUUCCGUUCCCCGAUCACAAUCAAUCGCCGCGAAAUGUUUAUCAAUGUCAGAUGGGAAAACAGACGAUGGGAACGGCUGUGCAUGCGUGGCAUGCGCGGGCGGAUAAUAAGAUGUAUAAAUUGCAGGUUGGUUUGGUUUUGGGGGAGGGUUUUGAGCCAAAAAACACGAAAAAUGGACCAUUUUGACCUAGGGACCAUGAAAAUCAUGAAAUUUCGCCUCGGGACCUUCUAAAUUAUGAAAAAUGGACGAUUUUGACCCCAGGACCAUGAAAAUCAUGAAAUUUCGACUAGGAACCUUUAAAUUUAUGAAAAAUGGACGAUUUUGACCUAGGAACCUUAAAAUUCAUCAAAUUUCGACUAGGAACCUUUAAAUUUAUGAAAAAUAGACAUUUUUGACCCCAGGACCAUGAAAAUCACGAAAUUUCGACUAGGAACCUUUAAAUUUAUGAAAAAUAGACAUUUUUGACCCCAGGACCAUGAAAAUCACGAAAUUUCGACUAGGAACCUUUAAAUUUAUGAAAAAUGGACCAUUUUGACCCCAGGACCAUGAAAAUCAUGAAAUUUCGACUAGGAACCUUUAAAUUUAUCAAAAAUCGUCGAUUUUGACUUCGGGACCUUUAAAAUCAUGAAAUUUCAACUAGGAACCUUUAAAUUUAUGAAAAAUAGACAUUUUGACCUCGGGACCUUAAAAUUCAUGAAAUUUUGAUCCUGAACCGUGAAAAUCUAAAUUUUUGACCCUGGAACUUCAAAAUUGGACGGAAAUUAACCCAGGAACCAUCAAAAAUCCACUUUCAGCUGAAUUUUUGACGGUGAUUUGGGUAUUUUUGACCUAGGGACCUUAAAAUUCAUCAAAUUUUGACCCUGGAAGUUCAAAAUUAUUAGAAUUGGCUGAAAUUUCCAGAUUACUAUCAUAAUUAUUUGAGAAAAUCAAUUUUACAACUCUAAAAUUGAAUUAUUCACGAAUUUUUAGCCCAGAAAAUUUAAAUUUUUGAAAAAAAGGCAAAAAAAAUUCUCAAAAAAUUACUGUUUCAAAAUUUUGACAAAAAAAUUUGAAAUAAUUUUUUUGAUUCAUUGUGGAAAUUACUCUCAAAAAAAUAUUGAUCAUACAUGUUUUUCUCCCUGGAUCGACCCCUACAGUUAGCGAGACCUCAAAUAAAAAUUUUCAAAGUUAGUAAGACCGUUAGUGUGGGGGGCAAAAGCCUCCCACACUAAAAAAAAUUUUUAUUUUUUUUUCGAAAAAAAUUGAAAAAUUUUGCAACACGUUUCCAGUAUGUGAACUCGAACCCUAUGGUAGCUACCAUUGGGUCCCUAACUCAGCGCUCUACCACUGCGCUAUGUGUGCCCACAUCUCAGGCAAAUCGUCCCACCGGUGGGCCCACCGGUGGGAAACCGGUGGGAAAAAUAAACAAAAACACUGGUGGAACACCUCUUUUUGGUGUUCAGACGGUGUUCAAACGGUGUUAAGCGAGUGUUAAGGUGGUGGUACACCGGUGCUAUUAUCAAAUUUGUGACCACCGGUUUCCCACCGGUGGGCCCACCGGUGGGAUUAUUGAAGAGAAGGUGUUGAGUGAGUGGAGAUUUGGUGUUACACCGGUGGGACGAUUUGCCUGAGAUAACCCGCAUGCUGUUUUUCUCAUUUGAAUAGGAUGCGUUUGAGAGAUAGAAAAAACACAAACAGUAAAUUACAUUGUUGUAUUUUACAUUCAAUUAUUCAAAAAAAUAUAGAAGAAAAUCAUGGAUUGAAUUGUAAAUUGAAAUACGAAUUCUUUAGACCUUAUACAACAAUAUAAAAGCUUAUCUUCAAUGAAUAAAUACGAUAAAAUACUUUUUUCCAUUCGAAAAUGUUGAAAAUUGGCUGUUACCAGAAAACUCAAAACCUAGAAAAGUAUGUCAAAAUUAAUAUUUUCACUUGAAAAUUUGCACAGUGUGUCUAGAGGUCCUAUUGAGGUAUAUUGAACUAUGAAAUUGAUAAAUAAUGCUGCAUGGGGAAAAUAGUUGAGACCACUGGAUUUUAUCCAGGGUUACCCUGGAUUUUAUCCAGAAUUUUAUAUAAGUACCCGGCGGUCUCAGUAGACCUUUCAGAAAGGGCAUUUAUUCUGGAUAAUAAUUAAGAAUAGACCUUGUAACAUAACCUAGAACGAUUUUCAGAUGCUAAAAUCAAUUUUGGUUUAACACUUUAUGAUGAUAGAAGUGGUGAAUUGAUGAAAAAAGUAGAUUUUCGAUAGUUUUUGGGCCGGCGGUCUCAGUAGACUUCUUAGAAAGGGGUUUUAUUUUGCAUAAUACCUAAGAGGGGACCUUGUAACAUAACCUGGAACGAUUUUCAGAUGCAAAAAUCAAUUUUCGUUAACACUUUAUUAUGUUAAGAGUGGUGUAUUGUUGAAAAAGUAGAUUUUUGAGAGUUUUUGGUUCGGCGGUCUCACUAGAUCUUUCAGAAAAAGCAUUUAUUUUGGAUAAUGAGUAAGAGUGGACCUUGUGACAUAAUCUCGAGCAAUUUUGAAAUCGAAAAAUUAUUUCAUGUUCAAAACUUUAUGAUGAUAACUAAUUAAAAAAUUUUCAAAAAAAAAGUUAGUAGGACCUCAAAUUUUUUUCGGAGUUAGUAAGACCGCAACCCUGGAUAAAUCCAGGGGUAAAACAUGUAUGAUAUUGAUUUAGAUUUUCAGAUUUUUUGGCUGAAAUUGUGGGAUUAAAACAAGUAACAAAAAAAUUGUUCCAACAUUUUCAUAUAAAAAUUUUGAAACAGUGGAUUUUCGGAAAUUUUUUUUCAAUUUUUCAGGUUUCCAAGCUGAAAAACCCGAAUUAGCCUAGUAAUCAUGAAAAGCUCCAUUUUCCACCCAAAAAUCCCAAUUUUCUUACAGUUUCCUCAACAACCUUUGCUCAAAUUGGAAGCCUAUGAAAAAUACGAAAUGGACGAAUAUCCACUUGGAACAAAUGCUUGUGUUGCUGUCAUUUCUUAUACUGGAUAUGAUAUGGAAGAUGCGAUGACAAUUAAUAAAUCGAGUUAUCAAAGAGGAUUUGCGCAUGGAACUGUUAUUAAAGUUGAAAGGUUGGUGAGAUUUGGAGCAUUUUGAGCUGAAAAAUGUGAAAAAUGGCUUAUUUUAAGCCCAGAAAACUGAAAAUGUUGGAUAUUAUCUGAAAAUCCGGAAUUUUCAGCUGAAAAAUUGAAUUUUUCGUGAUUUUUUAGCCUAAAAAUUGAAAAUUUUCAAAAAAUUGACAUUUUCAUUUUUCCCGAAAAUUUACUGUUUCAAAAUUUUGAUAUGAAAAUUUUGGGAAAAUUUUUUUUAAUAAUGGUGUACAAGUAAAUUUGAAAAAUCUGUUAAAAUUGAGUUUUUGACUGAAAAUCUAAAAUUUUCAGCUACAAAAUUGAAUUUUUCGUGAUUUUCCAACUUAGAAAACUGAAAAUUUGGAAAAAUUGACAUUUUCAUUUUUCCCGAAAAUUUACUGUUUCAAAAUUUUGAUAUGAAAAUUUUGGGAAAUUUUUUGUUUAUCUGGAGAUUUUCAUCAAAAUCAAAAAAAAAUAAUUUCAAAUUUUACCUCAAAAAAUUGAAUUUUUUGCCUAGAAAACUGAAAAUUUCACUGUUUCAAAAUUUUGAUAUGAAAAUAUACAGAAAAAUCGGAAAAAAUCGAAUUUUUGACUGAAAUUCUGAGAAUUCUAGCUUGAAAAUCAACAAAUUCAAUUUCCCACUCCAAAAAUUCCCCAAUUUUUGCAGAAUAAACCUGGUCACCGAUCGCGAACGCAAAACAAUUUUCCACAAAAUGUCUCGCGACGAAAUUCCAACAGUCGGAUGCGAUGGAUUACCAAUUCCUGGACGCCGAUAUUUUAUGGAUGAAGUCUAUUAUGUGACUUAUAAUAUGGAGACUGGAGACACCAGAAAACACAAAUUUCAUUAUGCUGAACCCGCAUAUUGUGGAAAUGUUCGAAUUGUGCAAAGUGAUACGGAUGGAAUUAUGGUAAGUAGGGUUUUUGGGAGAGAAUUUGGAGAAUUUUGAGAUAGAAAUCAUGAAAAAUGAUGAAAAUUGAGCUAAACAUUGAGAAAUUUGAGAAAUUUUGAGCUAGAAAUUAUGAAAAAUGAGCUAAACGUUGAAUUUUUCAAAUUUCCAACUGAAAAUUUGGAAUUUUCAUGAAUUUUCAGCCUAGAAAAUUGAAAUUCUGAAGAAAAUUGGGAAUUUUAAUUUUUCCCGAAAAUUCACUGUUUCAAAGUUUUUAUAUGAAAAUUUCUGAGAUUUCAAAUUCGACGUUUCCCAUCUUUUACGAAAGUUUUAUGAAUUUGAUAUAAUAAGAAGAGAAUUUUGAUCUGAAAAUUUGAAAUAUCAACAACAAAAAAAAAUUUUUUUUCGAAUUAAAAUGUAUAUUGAUCAAUACUUGGUGAGGGGAAAAAAUGAGGACGCAUUCCCCUUGGAUCAAAAUGCAAAUCUCCAUUAGAAUGAUCAUAGAAGCCGUGAAAAUCUUGGGUUUCAUCUUCGCUAUAACAAAUAACAUGAAAAUUGAUGAAAAAUGAGCAAAAAAUGAUAGAAAACGUACGAAUUGAAUGGCCAAUUUGUAUUUUUUCUCCGUAUGUGUUGAUCUUCUGAUCAACAGAAAGAAAACAUAUUCACCAAAAAAUAAUGUUUGUAUGACAAAUAGUAAUGUUCGACUGAAGGAUGUAUCAUCACAACAAACUAUGCUAUAAAAGGAGAACGCUAAAUAUUAUUAUUGUUGUUUUUAGUUUCUUUCUAUCCUACAUAAAUAUUACUAUUAUGAACCGGGUUGGGAUUUGACAUGGUGACCCAUACGUUAGCUCAACCCGGUUCCCGAUUCGCCAAAAUCUAUAUUCGAAAAAUUACCAACUAUCAACCGAAGAAGUCAGAAGACCACGAAGAACCAAGAGUUAUGACACAAUUAUUAGAGAACAAUGCUAUUUCCGAAAAACAGAAGAUCAGAUCAAAUGAAAACCCGAUAUCCAUCUCCUUCUAUCAAUCGGAGUAUACAAAAUGUAAUUGGCCUGGAGUGUUGUGGAGGACCCUGAGAUCCACUAGCGGAAGCUAUUUGGAAAAUGAAGUUGGAUUAGACCUCCAACUAGAGAAUGCUUGGAUUUGACCUCCAACAUGGAACUUAUAUUGAACUUGGAACCAAUAUUGAACUUGUCACUUAGCGCAUCGGAAAAUGCCUACCUGGACUAUUUUGCUUACUUUUUUGCUUACAUUGCCUGCCACCUCAUUUCACCAGAAAACAUUUUUGUCGACUCGGAAAGAUAUAUAUUGCAUUUGCAUCGGACUAUUUAUUCUCAACUGAUAGUAAAUUUGGAAUCACUACAACCCUCUUGCUUCGUUUUCACAUGUUUGGAAUCUACUCGAAUUUGAAUCGGAAACGUCAUCCUCCUUCACUUGUUCUGUUAGGAGGGUGUUGCUAUCACAAGCAACAGUAAAAGAACAGACGGAAUAUAUCACUUGCCAUUUUGGAUUUAUUCAUUUGGUACAACUUAUAUUUAUGUAUAGCUGAGCAUGACAACCAACCUACACCUUCACUUUUUUCUGUUAGGAGUGUGUUGAUCUUCUGAUCAACAGAAAGAAAACAUAUUCACCAAAAAAUAAUGUUUGUAUGACAAAUAGUAAUGUUCGACUGAAGGAUGUAUCAUCACAACAAACUAUGCUAUAAAAGGAGAACGCUAAAUAUUAUUAUUGUUGUUUUUAGUUUCUUUCUAUCCUACAUAAAUAUUACUAUUAUGAGCCGGGUUGGGAUUUGACAUCGCCUGGGUCACCAUGUCAAUUCCCAACCCGGUUCAUAAUAGUAAUAUUUAUGUUAGUUAGAAAGAAACUAAAAACAACAAUAAUAAUAUUUAGCGUUCUCCUUUUAUAGCAUAGUUUGUUGUGAUGAUACAUCCUUCAGUCGAACAUUACGAUUUGUCAUACAAACAUUAUUUUUGGUGAAUAUGUUUUCUUUCUGUUGAUCAGAAGAUCAACACACCGUACAAAAUUCAAUUUCUUGCGAAAUUCGAAGAUUCCUCGAUGAACAUUUCUCAACAUCAAUUUCGAAUUGCUGCGAAAUUCGAGCGACUGCGAAAUAACUUUGACAAUUGUUGAUGGAUUGAUUUUGGUGGCAUCAAAUUCGAGAUUUCCGCCUAAUCUGUUCAAAUCAAUAAAUUGAUUGUCGGACAAUGUGAAAUUAGUUGUCAAGCAAUAUGCUUUUCUGAAAAUCUUCAUAGCUCUCUCAUCAACAUCAAUCGAAGGUUCUCUUGUAUCGUUAAGGAAAACACUGAUUUCUCUGAAAUGGUCGACACGUGAUGUUUCCAUUUUGUAUAGAAUAUUCAAAGCAACAUCUGCCAAAUUCGAUGUCAAUCGUAUUUUUUCAAUGGACCGCCAUUCAAAAUCUUCAGCCAAUCGAAUAUUAUUGUUGGUGUUCACAGUAAUUUGAAUAUAGAGAGUUUCAACAUUUGUGGAUUUUGAAAGAAAUGCGUAUAAUUGAUCGAUUUGACUAGUAGUAAUAUCCAAAGUAGCAACACGUGGAAAUUUGUCGAUCAAUCCAUCUUGCAUCAUAUAAUCGACCUGCAAGAAACACAUUUUGCAAAAUUUUUUGGCUCGUUGUCAAUUACCCCAGAUAUUUCUAAAUGUUUUAGAUUAUUUUUCGAGUUCACCAAAAUGUUUUCGAAAAUCUCGCAAGCGAUUUUGUUACUAUCUGCAAUAGUUUUCCAAAUGAAUUGGUCACGAUGUUCGAUUUCGCAAAUAUUUUCAACUUGCUUGAAAGUUAUUUGAAAAUGACGAUUUAUUGUCAAAAGAAACAUUGUGCCUCUUCUCAAAUAUUCAAUUUUGAUUCUAUCAAUUGUUUUCGUCUCGUUUAGAACUUCUUUGAGACAGCGGAAAGAGCAUUUUGCGAAUUUCAAACUGGAAACAUUUCAUGUAGUUUUGUUUUUUUGUUUUUCUCUGAAACUUACCGUUCGUCUGUAUUCAAAUACUUGAAAACUUCAAACUUCAUCUCAUCCGGUAAAUCAUUCCAACCUGUCAUUUUCACUGGAAAAAGGCACACUUUUAAAAGUGGUUGAACGAAAGUGGCUGCUUGAGCAGAAAUAAAAUUGUUAUCAUAUUAAUUCUGGUCAUUAAUUAAUGAUGAGAAAUACUGAUAAAUAUUGUGAAAUAUUUCUGUGUUUUCAAAAUCUAACUAAAAACAAUUUAGAAAUUUUUUUACUACAAAAAAUUCCCAAAAAAUCAGAUUUUUGGGGUAAAAUUAUCGAAAUUCACCGAAAUUUCAGAUAACAAAAUUUUGAAACGUAUUUUUAUGGGGGUUUUCAAAAUUUUCUUGGCAAAAAAAUUAUGAAAAGUUCAUUUUUUCCAUUGAAAAAUUCCUAUUUUUCCACUCAAAAUCUCGUUUUUUUUUGCAGCACGCUCUAAUUCAAUGGCGAAUCGAACGAAAUCCAAUCAUUGGUGAUAAAUUCGCGUCACGUCACGGUCAAAAAGGAAUCAAUUCAUUUUUGUGGCCCGUCGAAUCGCUACCUUUCUCUGAAUCUGGAAUGGUUCCCGAUAUUAUUUUCAAUCCUCACGGUUUCCCAUCUCGGAUGACUAUUGGUGAGGAUUUUUGA